AUGAUGAUGAAGACAGAGAAAGGUACAGUUACUCUUUCCUCCGCCUUUUCUCCUUUUCCUUCCUCCCUCCCUUACACAUUCCCCUCCCACUUUUCCAUCCUCUGCUACUGCUACUGCUCCAUCAUCCAAAGCAUCCAGCCUCUCUCCAAAAUAUUCGACCGUAACUUUUUUUUUUUUUUCGUUUUUUUUUUAACUUCUUUAUCUCUUUCUUCCUGGGUACUCACCGCAUCUUUUUUUUUUCUCCUUUCUUUCUUUCUAAAUCACAAUACAAUCUUUUUUAAUCUGUUUUCCUCCUCUCCUUCAUCUUCUUUUUUUCUCUCUCUCACUUCCCACCCCUCUCCAUUUGCAACUUGCUCUAAUUCUCAAACAACUGUAAAGCUUCUGUUUUUAGUUUUUUUUACACAACUUGUGUACAAGUCGAGUUUCGGCACUCACCUCGACGCUGCUAAUUUUUACUUUCCCUUCCUUAUUUUUUUUCAUUCUUCUUCCUGCCUUACCCCUCUGCAUCCAUCAAUCUAUCUGUCAUUCCUCUCCAAUAAACUAACCAAGCAAAAACAGCGAGAUUAUUUCAUUCAACAGUUAGGUGGAAGGAGGGCAGGGAGAGACUGUAAAAGAUUUGGUAAAUUUUCUGUUUACUCUCUCUCUCUCUCUCUCUUUCUGCCAUGUAAUGCAUCUUUCCUAUCUCACUGUCAUCUUUACUUUUGCAUAGUCAACUUGUUCACUUCUUUUUCUAAUAUUUUCCCUGAUCAUUUGACUCUAUUCCUCGGUUUCUUUCACUCUCUCUUUUAA